UCGCUCCGGUAAAGUCUCGCGGUGCUGCCGGGCUCAGCCCCGUCUCCUCCUCUCGCUCCCUCGGCCGGGCGGCGGUGACUGUGCACCGACGUCGGCGCGGGCUGCACCCCCGUGUCCGCCCGCCCGCCAGUAUGGCCACCACCGCCACCUGCACCCGCUUUACCGACGACUACCAGCUUUUCGAGGAGCUCGGCAAGGGUGCCUUCUCAGUGGUCCGAAGGUGUGUGAAGAAAACGUCUACACAGGAAUAUGCUGCAAAAAUCAUCAAUACCAAGAAGUUGUCAGCUCGAGAUCAUCAGAAACUAGAACGAGAGGCCCGGAUAUGCCGACUUCUGAAACAUCCAAACAUUGUGCGUCUCCAUGACAGUAUUUCUGAAGAAGGGUUUCACUACCUCGUGUUUGACCUUGUUACUGGAGGGGAGUUGUUUGAAGACAUUGUGGCCAGAGAGUACUACAGUGAAGCUGAUGCCAGCCAUUGUAUACACCAGAUCCUGGAGAGUGUUAACCACAUCCACCAACAUGACAUUGUCCACCGAGACCUGAAGCCUGAGAACUUGCUGCUGGCAAGUAAAUGCAAGGGAGCUGCAGUCAAGCUAGCUGAUUUUGGCCUCGCUAUCGAAGUGCAGGGAGAGCAGCAGGCUUGGUUUGGUUUUGCUGGCACCCCAGGUUAUUUGUCCCCUGAGGUCUUGAGGAAAGAUCCUUAUGGAAAACCUGUGGAUAUCUGGGCCUGCGGGGUCAUCCUGUAUAUCCUCCUGGUGGGCUACCCUCCCUUCUGGGAUGAGGAUCAGCACAAGCUGUAUCAGCAGAUCAAAGCUGGAGCCUACGAUUUCCCAUCACCAGAAUGGGACACGGUCACUCCUGAAGCUAAGAACUUGAUCAACCAGAUGCUGACCAUAAACCCAGCAAAGCGCAUCACAGCUGACCAGGCUUUGAAGCACCCAUGGGUCUGUCAACGAUCUACAGUAGCAUCCAUGAUGCAUCGCCAAGAGACAGUGGAGUGCUUGCGCAAAUUCAAUGCCCGAAGAAAACUAAAGGGUGCCAUCCUCACAACCAUGCUUGUCUCCAGGAACUUCUCAGUUGGCAGGCAGAGCUCCGCCCCCGCCUCGCCUGCCGCGAGCGCCGCCGGCCUGGCCGGGCAAGCUGCCAAAAGCCUAUUGAACAAGAAGUCAGAUGGCGGUGUCAAGAAAAGGAAGUCAAGUUCCAGCGUGCACCUAAUGCCACAGAGCAACAACAAAAACAGUCUCGUAAGCCCAGCCCAAGAGCCCGCGCCCUUGCAGACGGCCAUGGAACCACAAACCACCGUGGUGCACAAUGCUACAGAUGGGAUCAAGGGCUCCACAGAGAGCUGCAACACCACUACAGAAGACGAAGACCUCAAAGCUGCCCCGCUCCGCACUGGGAAUGGCAGCUUGGUGCCCGAAGGACGGAGCCCCCGGGACAGAACAGCCCCCUCUGCAGGCAUGCAGCCCCAGCCUUCUCUCUGCUCCUCAGCCAUGCGAAAACAGGAGAUCAUUAAGAUCACAGAACAACUGAUUGAAGCCAUCAACAACGGAGAUUUUGAGGCCUACACUCCUGUCCAAGAACAGCAAGCCCAUCCACACCACCAUCCUAAACCCACAUGUCCACGUGAUUGGGGAGGACGCAGCUUGCAUCGCCUAUAUCCGGCUCACCCAGUACAUCGACGGGCAGGGUCGGCCUCGUACCAGCCAGUCAGAGGAGACCCGGGUGUGGCACCGCCGGGAUGGCAAGUGGCUCAACGUCCACUAUCACUGCUCAGGGGCCCCUGCCGCACCGCUGCAGUGAGCUCAGCCACAGGGGCAUAAGGAGAUUCCAACUAGAGGUUGAACCUUCGAAGCCAGUGACUCUGGAGGGCCUGAGUGACAGCGGCAGUCAUGUUCGUUUGAGGUUUAAAACAAUUAAAUUACAAAGCGGCAGCAGCCAAUGCACGCCCCUGCAUGCAGCCCUCCCGCCCGCCCUUCGUGUCUGUCUCUGCUGUACCGAGGUGUUUUUUACAUUUAAAAAGAAAAAAGAAAAAAAAAAGAAAAAGAUUGUUGAGAGAAAGAGAAUGGAAUUCAAACCAUGAUGCGUUUUAAAACAACUGAUAGCCCUUGGGCUUGAAAGAAGGCAGGAGUUUGUGUGACACGUUCAUCCAGGCAUAAACAGUGGGCUCACUCACCCACCAGCUUUGAAGAGGCGAGCUUGGCCUCAGGCCCCCAUGGACUCAGGGGGACCAGGCAAGGACUCUUGACAGAGCUCUGGGAGCCAUGGUGUGGUUGCAGCCCCAGAGGUGGCCUGAUCACCCAGGUCUGAGUGGACUUCUUCAGAACAUGCAUUGACAGUGAGUGAGAUGGAGGAAAGCACCGUGGCUGUUGGACCUACUCGGGAGAGAACGCAGCACCCCCAGCCUGCUAUGGAGGUGGCUGCGAAGCAGAGGCCUCGGGACCGAAGGCCUGGACUCACUGGACUGUUGCAGUUGGCGUGGACAAGAAGAGAUUUGGUGCUGCAGAAGUGUGCCCGCUACGAAGCUGAUGAGAGACCUCACAUUAGUCUGACAUGCCCUCACUCAUCCAUUUCUAUAGGGUGCACAGUGCACGUGGGCCUGGCACUGAGGCCUGAUUUCUGCAGAUGGGAAGGGGGAGGGAUUGCUACUUUGCCUCCUGUUGGUUUUCCUGACUUAACAAGGAGAGACCCAGACCUUGGCCAGGGCUCCUUUUGCCACUUUUGGCAGUUCUGUUUCUGUGUUGAUCUGGACCAUCGUUGUCUUGGAUUUUCAUGGUGGUGGUCCCCAUGCUGACUCUCAUCUGGGCCCUCUGCCAAGUGCCCCUGUGAGAUGGGAGGAGUGAGGCAGUAGCCUAAGAGUUGGUUGUUUCUAUGCAUUCUGGCCGCCCUCUGGGCUGCCUCCCUUCUUCCAUGCUGCACGCCCAUCUCUCCCUGUGUUUGAGAUUGAACUGACUGCUUGGGUGAGGAGUGUCCUCAUUGAAGAGGCUCUUUACUGACCAACUGAAGUACAGACUUUCUGCUGGACAGUCUGCAUGGGCAUCACCCCCUCACCUGCAUGUACCCAAAAAGGGGGUCCAGAGCCAAGGCUCCUGCAUUCAUUGUCCCUCUGUGCUCAAGGAGUUUCAUUCCAGGAAGAAGAGAUCUAUAACUUAAGCAUAUAACAGAAGAUAAUGGAGGAGCAAUUGGUCAUAGUCUGGUUCCCUCCCACCAAACAACUUAUUAUUUGCAUUUGGGGGGUGGGGGACGUGGGUAAGGUUUCAGCUCCUUGGCUGGCCUUCAGGAGGCACAGGAGCUGGGAAAAAACAGAACUACAAACUUUGGAACCAGCUGAGAAGAGGAGACACUCAUGGGUGCUGGUGCUUGAAUUUAGCUAGGCUCCUCAAGCACUGCCUGCAUGCCUCAGACCCUGGACCCUAGUCCCUUCCUGCCCUGCAGCCUGCAGUGCCAGCCCACAAAUACCUUCCCGACAGGGUUUGGUUUCGCUGGCUUGAAGACAACAAAUGGUCUUAGAGCUCAUUGAGACCCAUAGCUUCAUAUGGCUGCUCCAGCUCCACUUCUUAGCGUUCUUACUCCACUUCUGGGGCUAAUGUCAGCAUCUAUAGACUAUUAAUAGACUAUUUAAAAAAAAAAAAACACCUUUUAAACAGGAAAUGGAAGGCAUUUGAUGCAGAACUUUUGCAUGAUGACAUAGAAAUAAUUUAAAAAUAGUGUUUGUUCUGAAUGUUGGUAGUCCCUUCAUAGCUUUGUUACAAUGAAACCUUGAAGAUAUUUAAUAAAAUAACCUUUAAACAGUC